UCCAUCGCCAUGUCCCCCCUCCUGCCCCUCUUCUCCCAGAGCGCCUAUGCAGAGGUGCUCAUAGGGGUAUUCGACUGCUUGACGCUGCGAGAAGUAGUGACCUUGAUCCGAGUCAAUAAAUAUAUCCACCAUGUCUUCACCAAUCCUUCCCCCCUCCAACUCGCGCAUACCCAAAGACUCCUCUCCGUCCCACCCUCCGCAUCCGACCAGACUGCCGCCCCAGCCGACAGACUGUCCGCUCUCAAGGAGCGACAACGGCGCAUGGACGAGCUGGACCCUUCGUGCAUAAAGUCUUUCAGGAAGGAGCUGAAUGCGGAUCUGGUCGGGCUCGAGAAUGGCAUGCUGGUGUUCCAUGUUGAAGGGGAGAAUUUGAAAAAGCGCAAGAGGACUCUCGACCAGAUCGAGGAGGAGCACGAGCGGCGGGUCAAGAAAUGGGUUGCCGGCGAAGACGAUCACGAAGGGGAUCAUCCUGACUCGCCCAAGCCUCGGGAAAGAUCUCAAGCAGAUAAACCAUCGCAUUCGGGAUACGACCUCGAAGACGACUUUUACAAACAAUUGUUUCAACAGUCGGUCUCUUGCAUUGCAGGGGACGGCUGCGCUGGCGAGUCGUCAGACGGGUGGGUGGGACGUUUACCGUGCGCCUGGAGCGGCUUUGGACAGGGACUCGAUAAAUCGUGGCGGAGUAAAGGACCAAGGCCUGUGGCACUGGAAAACGCGCAGCACGGCAGAGUUCCAAGACCUCCAGCUUUGCGGAGAAGAUAACCUCGUUGCUUUGAUUCAGAAAGGCGCAUACUUUUCCAAUAGUAUGGACCCAGAAACCUCCCGUCUCUCUCUUCGGAUCACAUUUCACUCGGCUCUUCCUCCUCUCGGCACCCCCGCCCCCGCGAAAGGCUUCUUGGAUCCCAUUCCCCAUCCUGACGCUGCCCUGCCGUUCAUCGAGCUCUUGUUCCCUGUCCAAUGGGGUGCGGCGGAAACGGAUGUGAUGUUUGGCCCGGGAGGACAAAUGUCAAUCUUGAUCAAUAGUCGUGACUCGUUCAAGACAAUCUUUGGAGGUGUUUGGGAUUGGAAGAAGGGCGUCAGUCUUGGUUCCAUACCUAUCGCGGAAAACCAAAAUAUAUCCACAGUCAGCCCAUGCGGCCCUUUCGCCUUUACUGCAUCUGCUCGCCGUACUCCGCCCUCUACUUCUCCAGACAUGUACGCGAAAGCUAUGGCUGCUCUUCAACUUCCCCUAGCCGCCAUCCCCGACGAGCUCGAAGGCUUCCUACAAUACUCCUUCGAUGCCCACGUCCUCUUCCCUUCCUCCCUCGGCUUCCCAGCGAUGACGCCCGACCCACCAGACGCGAAUCCUCAUGCGCAGGCUUACCCGAAUAAGAGCUGUAGCUGGUACCUUCCUGAUAUACCACCUGCUUUCCUUGUAGGACAGUUCAACCUGCCGCUUGAGAAACUCAUUCCCUACACUCUGGCUGCCGCCUAUCAGCCCGGAGUCUUUAGCAUCCAAGACCUGCACUAUUCCCCUGCCGUCCAUAAUUCCGAAUCUCUCGGGAUCUUUACUUGGGGUUUGUGGGACAAGACGCAUGUUGCCGACUUGUCUGCUCUCCUCGGCGUUGCUACGGAUCUCUCCUUCCGGUUGGCCAUGGCGGAAAUGGUGCACAAGCCGGGAGACGAGAUGAUUCGACUUCGGGAAUUGUUGCCAGACUCUGCGAGGGACCAGCCGACUGGUAUAGCGGGGAAAGCGUCGAGGGCUCUUGUAUUGAUGAGAUAUAAGAGACGGGUUGCAGAGGAUGGGCGUUGGAGAGUGGAACAUGCUGAAGAUUCGGAAGCGGGCGACGGAGAAUCCGAGAGCGGGGCGGAAGAUGACUCGGGUGACGAGGCGAGCGACGUCAGCGACAUCGACAAGGACGAUCCGAAUACCAACUUUAUCGACUCGGUUCACGGCAAAGAUUUUGUGGCGUCUUUCAAAUCUGUCUUUUCCCUCCCCCCUCCCCAACCCACUCCCAACACCACCGCCUCGACCUCCCACCCCAGCCCCGACCCUCAUUCGACGGAUAGCCCUUCGUCUCCGGCUUCACCCCCAUCAAAGCUUCUGCCAAACUAUCUUCAAGGCGAUGUCACCUCCUUCUUAUCUCUCACGACCGUCCCCGUACUCUCGUAUAACGAGUGGAGCCAGUCCAGCCACAUGCGCAUGGGCUCUGAAACGACGCUCGCGAGCGCGUAUGGGUCGAGGGAGGCGAGGCUUGUGCCAGUCCAAGUCCAUCUGUGGGACGAGGGGGAUGAGGAGGAAGACGAGAAAGACCGAAAUUCGACGUUCGUGCUGAGCUUGAGCGAUUAUAACGAGAGUACGCUUGCGGAGGGUGUUCGGGCAAAGAAGAGGGUGGCAGGGAGACGGAAGAGGGAGGUGGAAUCGUUCAAGGCCUUGGUGCGCGAUGUGCCGGAUGUCGAUGACGAUAUCGCUGUCGCGUCUCGCAGGACCAAGGUCGACAAGAAGCUCUCGGAUCUCCGCAAAAAGCUUGCCAGAAUUGACGCUCGGAUCAAUAUCGAGAGGGAGGAGAUGGAACGGAUGCUACAUGAGAUACGUGAGAAGGGAGGAGAGGGAGAAGAUGUAGAAGACCCGACGGCAAGGGCUGCGAUGGAAUUGGUGGAAGCGCAGGCGCAGCGUUUGAUGGGGGUGGCGGAUGAGAGGGAGGAGGUUGCGUGGUUGUUUGAGGAGUUGAAAGGGCUAGCGGCUGUAUAUGGGGUGGCGGAGGAGCGGGAGGAGGCGCCAGCCAGCCCGGGACUGGACGAUGCGCCUGCUUUGCCCUCGAAUGCUCGCCAUCAACCCGAUCGCCCACCCCCGUCAUACCUCACCCUUACCCUGAACCGUCCCCGCAAACCCACCCGUUCCGACUCCCACGCCGUUCCCUCUACCACCCGCACCCUCAUCCCCACCACCAGUCCCAAAAUGCCCGAGGUUCUGAAAAACUACUAUGAGGAUAUCAAGGAUCAAUGUGAAGGGACGUUCUUCAUGAAUCGGUCAAGGGAGAUGGUGGUGAAGAUGGAGAUGGAGAUGGUGAAACCGCCGCUGGUGAUGUUGGAUGGGAAGUCGUUGGUUUUGGGGGGAUUUACGCCUUACGAUUAUCAUGUUAUCAACUUCUAAUGUCAAUAACGAGUAGAAUGUCAAUACCACGCACUGAUGCGCCACAUGUAUAUCACA